CUCUCUCUCUCUCUCCUGUGAUGAAUUCGUCGUCUCUCUUUUAGUGGCUAAUUUGUGCUAUUUCCCAUUGCAUUUGCAUUGGCUUCUGGUUUUUUGGUUUCUCUUUUUCAUGAAUUCGUGCUCGUUCAUUGCUAUUUCCCAUUGCAUUUGCUUUAGCUUCUGCUCUUGUGGUUUCUCUUUUGUCAGGAAUUAAUUCAUGUUCUUCACUUUUUCCACUGCAUUUGCUUUAGCUUCUCCUUUUAUGAUAUGGAGCUCUGGAUCUAGAAGCUUUCUUCGUAGAAUGUGGACCUAGCUUUCAUAUUGGAUCCCCUUUUUUGUUCAUUGCUUUUGGUUAUUGAAAGGAGAUAGAUGCUCUCUUUAGAUAGAUAGAUAGAUAGAGAGAGAGAGAGAGAGAGAGAGAGAGAGAGAGAGAGAGAGAGAUUUCCCCUGCAUUUCUUAUUUGUUUCCUAACAACCACAAUUUGGUUCUAAGGAGUAAUUCUUUGCCUAAUGUGUCUGUUUAAAGAGGCUUAUGACUGUAUUAUUGGAUAAUGAAGAUGGUGAAUUGUAAGUAUCUGAAAGGGGCUUUGCAAUUUAUGCAUUUUGCUUAGAUUUACUUUUUCUAACACUUGUGUAGUGGAUCUUGUCGCACCUCCCUCUCCUUUUGCCUUUUGCUAAAAAGGAGAUUCCUUACCUUUAUUUUUAAGGCUUUAGUGUUCGGCUUUGAUUUGGGGUUUCAUGGACAUUUUUCUGCAUUUUAAGUUCUAGUAGUAAUUUCGUUUCUUUUUUUUUGGGUGAGUACAAUAAUUAGGUUAUCGUCUGUGUUCUAUUUCGUUUUUUUUUGGGCGAGUACAAUAAUUAGCGUUUAACAAAGAAUGAGGCUUUAGAUGGAGAUCUUUGAUUGAUGGGGAAUAGGGUUCUUUAUUAGAUGGCGGCUACGUGUCAUCUGAGCAGAGAAUGCAAUAGGGUUGCAUUGCUCUGUGCGGAGGCAGGUGAAAGAAGGGAAGCAUCAGUGGAGGGAGGGCCUGGAGUAUUGCCAUUACGAGAAAUGCUUCAUGGAGAAAUGGAACCCGAAAUCGAAUCCUCAAGCAUGUCAAAGCGGCUCAUACGAAGCCUUAGCCACAAGCUCAAAAAGAUAGGUCGAAGCUCUAACAGAGAAGAACAAGAAAAAGAGAAAAGGAAUUCAAAUUCUGGGUGCCUUGGUUUCUAUGGGAGAGGAGGUGGGUGUAGAGUGGGUGCUGAUACAUUUGAUGGGAUCGCAUUGUUUGGGGAUUCCACUUUUAGGAGGAAUUCAAGUGCAGGAGAAGGAGGCUAUGGUUGUGUUUCUUUGGACACGGGUUUUGGGAGAUUGGGUGGUGUUUGCUCAAGCUCAGAGGACCAGUGGAGUAGAGUUGAUUGCUUUUCUUAUGGUGGAGCGGAGAGGUUUUGGAGGAGAAAUAGUAGAAAGGCAAUUGAGGAUAGAAGGUUGGAUUCUUCGAAUGAUCUUUCUUCACCUUCAUGUGAGAAUCGGGUUGCUAUGCUUUCUGAUGAUAUACUCCAAAUGUGCUUGGCAAGGGCCUCUUUGACCACCAUAAUGAAUGCUCGAUUGGUCUGCAAAAGAUGGAAUUUAUUGGCAAGCACAUCUCAUUUCAUGCAAAUGAGGCAAGAUUUUAAGUUUCAAACUCCAUGGAUUUUUCUGUUUGGUGCUGUGAAGAAUGGAUUAUGUGUGGGGCAAGUCCGAGCUUUGGAUGUGACAGCUGAUAAGUGGCAUAAAAUUGAAGCGGAGUGCUUGAAGGGAAGGUUCUUGUUCUCUGUUAUUAGUGUUGGAACCUCGGUUUAUAUUGUGGGUGGGUGCUCCAAUAUAAGUAACUCUGGCCAAGUCGAGGGCUUCGGUUAUAGGAAGCAUAGAGAAGUGGUUGUUUUCAACCCUCUAAGUAGGUCUUGGAGCAAGGCAGCCUCAAUGCACAAUGCAAGAUCGACACCUUCUUUAGGGGUUUUUGAGGCUUAUGAUUUGAAUCAUGGGGUACUGAUGAAGCGAUGGAGCUCUAAUUCAAGGGGAGGGGCAAGCCAACUUUGCAAUUCUAGGUCACGGAUGAGGCGUGUAUCUGAAGUUUAUGAUGAUCCACACAAGUUCUCGCAAAGGCGCCAUGUCGGGGAUGCCAUUUCUGAAACCGACCCUCCAUUGGAGUCUAGAGGACAACCGUCUUGUUCAUCUACUUCUCAUAAUUUUGAAAAUGGCAAUGUAAAGGCAAGAAGGUUUUUCUUGAUUGUAGUUGGUGGCCGGGGUUUAUGGGAUGAGCCCUUGGUUUCAGGAGAAAUUUAUGAUUCAUUGUCUAAUAGGUGGGUGGAAAUUGAAAGAUUGCCUGCUGAUUUUGGAGCUGUUUGUACAGGUGCUGUUUGUAACAGAAGGUUUUAUGUUUAUUCUGAAUCCGAUAAGCUUGCAGCUUAUGAUUUGGAAAGAGGUGUUUGGAUUGGCAUUCAAACUGCUCAUUCCCCUCUCCAUAUCCAUAGAUAUCUCCCCAAACUUGUUUCUUGUUGUGAUCGACUGUUCAUGCUGUGUGUCUCAUGGUGUGAAAGGGAUGGUCAUGUUAAUAGAGAGGACAAUAAAGCUACAAGGAUAUUAUGGGAGUUAGAUGUUGGUCUGCAUACUUGGAGAGAGGUCUCGAGACACCCUGAUGCUCCUAUGGACCAGGAAGCUGAAUUUGUUGCAGACAAUGGUCGAAUAUAUGGGGUCGAAAUGUUCAAAAUAUUUGGGCAAGUACUUGAUUUCCUAACUUCAUGUGAUGUUUCGGAUUCGACAAUGAAGUGGAGCCGUAUCACUAGAAAGCAUGUUGCACUGGAUUUGGAUGCCCAUUCGUGUUGGACUAAAUCAUUGGUGGUGUUGCCUUUGUAAAUUACUCGUGGCUUCCCAUUUUUCUGUUGCUCCUCGACUGUCUUUUUCUUCUUUUUUUUUUUUGGGUGGGGGUGGGGUGUCAAUUGGAACCUUGGAUGCUAUGGGCCCUACGUCCUAAUCAUGAAGCCAAGAUGCCCAACCCUAACUCUGUUCAAUUCAGUCAUUCGUUUUGGGGGUGGAGGUAGUUGACAAAUCUGUUGCUAUCGUAACCGUCAUUUGUUGAUGAGAAAUGUAUUGUGUUGAUUGGGCUUAUUAAUAUAAAAAAUUCAUGUAUUGGCAGCAACUUGAGGCUGCAUUUGUUGA